UUGAUUGAUUGAAGCUGAGAGAGAGAGAGAGAAAAGAGGGGAAAGAAAUAGUAGUAAGUAUAGUAAGUAGCAACAAGCAUGGACACAGCAACAAGGUGCAACUAGUACUAUUACUAUUACAGUAUUACUAUUACUACUACUGCCACCAUCACCAUAAACCAUAAACCAUAAUCACAGCCAUGCUUUUUUUUCUAACUCAUUAUUUUGUUUUUCUUCUUUGCCAUUACAGGAAAAUAAAAUGAGCCAAACGCUAUAAACCUGACCCCUGGAUUCUAUUUGGUACUCCUGAAUAUAUAAUACACAAACACACACUUGUUUAUUUUUUUUCGUGCCAUCAAAAACCUCCCCACCGCUAUUCACUUUCCAAGUUUAUCACUUUAUCUCUUUCCUUCUUCUGGGUUUUGCUUCUUUUCUUGAGAUCUGUUCUCUUCUGAGAUCUGUUUGGUUUUGCAAGUUUGUUCUGUUAUUCAGCUUCUUGGGGUUAUUUCCUUUGAACUAAGUUGGUUGCUUUAUUUUGGUGGUAUGAGGUAUUUGGUUGAAGAUUGGAACCUGGGGUGGUGGGGGUUGAGGAGGAGUAUUAGCGAAUGAGGCAUAAAGCUAUAGUCUUUUGCAGUGAUACUGGUUUUGGUUGAAGGGUGGGAAUCUUGUAGGAGGUGUGUACAAGGUUCUGUUUCUAAGAGAGUUUGAGAUUGGUUUUGGUUUUUGUUGUUGAAGGGGAACAAGAGGAUAACAAGAAUGAUAUUCUGUAGGGGGAAAGAAGGGACUAAAAGCUUGGUUUUGUGGUGUGGGUGUCAUUUUCCCAAGACUUUGUUGCUCAAUUGGUCUACUUAAUAAGAAGGUGCUUUUAUUUGGAAUCAUUGAUUGUGUGUUGGGAGACCUCAAUUUUAUUUUAAGGUUACAACAACUUGUUGAAUUCCCUUUCUUUUUCUGCUGAAAGAGAAAAUAUGAGACUUUCUUCAGCUGGUUUUAGUCCUCCACCACAAGAAGGGGAAAAGCGAGUUCUGGACUCAGAACUUUGGCAUGCAUGUGCUGGUCCCCUUGUUUCUUUACCUGCAGUUGGGAGCCGUGUGGUGUACUUUCCACAAGGUCACAGUGAACAGGUGGCAGUGUCAACUAAUAAGGAAGUGGAUGCUCAUAUCCCCAACUACCCAAGCUUGCCACCCCAACUCAUUUGUCAACUCCAUAAUCUUACUAUGCAUGCUGAUGCUGAGACCGAUGAAGUGUAUGCACAGAUGACCUUACAACCUUUGAAUCCUCAAGAGCAAAAGGAGGCGUAUCUUCCAGCAGAGUUGGGAAGUCCAAGCAAACAGCCAACAAACUACUUCUGCAAGACUUUGACAGCCAGUGACACAAGCACCCAUGGAGGAUUCUCUGUUCCUCGCCGAGCAGCAGAGAAAGUGUUUCCUCCAUUGGAUUUCUCUCAACAGCCUCCUGCUCAAGAGUUGAUUGCAAGGGAUUUGCAUGGCAAUGAAUGGAAAUUCAGACAUAUCUUUCGAGGCCAGCCUAAAAGGCAUCUACUCACAACUGGAUGGAGUGUUUUUGUUGGUGCUAAAAGGCUUGUUGCUGGUGAUUCUGUGCUCUUUAUCUGGAAUGACAAGAACCAGUUGCUUCUUGGCAUCCGACGCGCGAAUCGACCACAAACUGUGAUGCCUUCCUCAGUGUUGUCAAGUGAUAGCAUGCAUUUGGGGCUUCUUGCUGCUGCAGCUCAUGCAGCUGCAACCAAUAGUCGUUUCACUAUUUUCUAUAAUCCACGUGCUAGUCCAUCAGAGUUCGUCAUACCUCUGGCAAAGUAUGUUAAGGCUGUGUAUCAUACUCGAGUUUCAGUUGGUAUGCGCUUCAGGAUGUUGUUUGAAACUGAGGAGUCCAGUGUGCGACGAUAUAUGGGCACAAUAACUGGCAUUAGUGACUUGGAUGCUGCUAGAUGGCCAAAUUCACAUUGGCGCUCAGUGAAGGUUGGUUGGGAUGAAUCCACUGCAGGAGAGAGGCAACCUAGAGUGUCUCUUUGGGAGAUUGAGCCAUUAACAACAUUUCCUAUGUAUCCAUCUCCAUUUCCUCUACGCCUUAAACGACCUUGGCCUCCAGGACUACCAUCAUUCCAUGCAGGAUUGAAGGAUGAAGAUUUUGGUAUGAGUUCUCCACUGAUGUGGCUGCGAGAUGCGGACAGGGGUGGUCUUCAGUCUCUAAAUUUUCAGGGGAUUGGAGUUAGUCCUUGGAUGCAGCCGAGGUUUGAUCCAUCCAUGCUGAAUAUGCAAACAGACAUGUAUCAAGCUGUGGCUGCGGCCGCACUUCAGGAUCCUUCUAAACAGCAUCCUUCUUCCUUACUUCAAUUUCAGCAGCCACAGAACUUCCCAAACAGGACUGCUGCUUUAAUGCAUUCACAGAUAUUGCAGCAAUCACCACCUCAGCAAGCUUUCCAAAUUGAUCAAGAGAAUCAGUCACAAACUCCAACACAUGUUCAACUGCGUCCACAGCACCAGAACUCAUUCAAUAACCAGCUUCACCAUUACAACAACCAGCAACAGCAACAGCAACCACAGCAGAUUUCCAAUGCAGUGUCUACAAUGUCUCAGUUUGUUUCAAGUUCAGCAACUCAGCCUCUCUCACCACCUGUGCAAGCUAUCUCUUCCUUGUGCCAACAGCAAAGCUUUUCAGAUUCAAAUGGAAACCCUGUCACCACUGCUAAUGUUUCUCCUCUGCAUAGUAUCUUGGGGUCCUUUCCCCAGGAUGAAGCCUCUCAGCUUCUGAACCUCCCUAGAAGUAGCUCUUGGAUUCCUGUUCAAACAUCAUCAGCAGCAUGGCCGUCGAAGCGAGUUGCAGUGGAUCCUCUCCUUUCUUCCGGUGCAUCUCAGUGCAUUCUGCCUCAGGUGGAGCUGCAGAGUAGUAUUUCUCAAAAUGCAGUUACAUUACCACCCUUUCCUGGGAGGGAGUGCUCAAUAGACCAAGAAGGAAGCACUGAUCCACACAACCAUCUUUUAUUUGGUGUUAACAUAGAGCCUUCAACACUUCUUGUGCAUAGCCAUGGUGACUCUCCCACCAUUCCCUUUCAAACUUCUAACUACAUGAGUACUGCAGGUGCCGAUUCUUCAGGCUUCCUGCAUCCCUCAGAAAAUAUGCCCAACAAAACCUUCGUGAAGGUUUAUAAGUCAGGGUCCUUCGGAAGAUCACUGGAUAUCACUAAAUUCAGCAGCUACCAUGAGCUGCGCAGUGAACUAGCUCGCAUGUUCGGCCUAGAAGGCGAGCUGGAGGACCCUUUGAGAUCAGGCUGGCAGCUUGUAUUCGUAGACCGCGAGAACGACGUUCUUCUCCUCGGCGAUGGCCCCUGGCCGGAAUUCGUAAAUAGUGUAUGGUGCAUCAAGAUACUAUCACCGCAAGAAGUGCAGCAAAUGGGAAACUCCGGCCUCGAGCUCUUGAACUCAGUUCCGGUCCAAAGGCUCUCUAACAGUAUCUGCGAUGACUACGGGAGCCGAGACUCCAGAAGUUUAAGCACCGGGAUAACCACGGUGGGAUCAUUAGACUACUGAAUCAAAUUAAAGUUACUAGGCAUUUCUUCCAUAUUUUGUAAUAUUAUAGUCUCUACUCUUAAGCCUUCUGUUUUUUUGGUUCUUUUGUUUUCAUGUUCUUCAGACAAUACUGUAACUAUAUAUGGCAUAUAGUCAUUGUGCUAGCUACAAUAUUACAACACCUAAUUCGUCAAA